UUAUAUGUUGCGAGUUGAAUCUCUCAAACGAAGGAAGGUGAAGAGCAACGCAUUGUAGUAGUCACCGUCAUGACUUCACUGGAUCCUCCUUCGUCGAUCCUGUUGAGCCCAUCGUCGCAAACCUGAUGUCGAUUCUAGGCCUCAGCCCUCUCUCAGCAUUGGGCUUUGGGAGGACGAAUACGAAUGAAUGAGCAUGGCUUCUUUAUCGAUGCUAGGUCGGCAGUUGUCGACCCGUGGAUCAAACUCGAUAGGUACCUACCUCUGCCCGGAAAGGGGCCCAGCAAGGUAUUCCAGGUGCGCCCUAAUCACCUGGUUGGGCGCUUCUACCAGUUGACCACAUGCUUGCAAUGAUGAAGUCACCUUCAACAAACGCAGGAGCGUCGGGUGUCCGCUCUUUCGUGCUUUCAAGACCGGACGCAGUCGACGUCUGCGCUGCGCCCCCGCUAGACUCUGCUUGGGCAGUAGCCACCUCGAGCAGUAGCCACCAGUUGACGCUUGUGCCAGGCGAUCCUGUGAUGGCUCCAGCGCCGUUCCACGUCACGCACAAUCAGCCACUUUCAAGGCAGAGAAUCGAAUCAAAUAUAAAUGACAAGGACCAAGUCUAAUUACACAUAUUUGUUCCAUCAGCGCCGCCAUUCAACGGAACUCUCUGCCUCCUUCAUUACACUGUUAUGAUCCUGUCUGGCUGCAGACAUCAAACAGAAACGCUGCACUGUUUUCCAAACUCGCACAUCACUCCACCUGACUCUGUCAAUCGCUAAAGAUCAUGUCGCUUGAAACCUGCAUCAACAUGGAUGAGCCAGAGGGUGCCAGGAUGACUUCUUGCGAGGAAGACAGCGAGGAGACAAAUGCAGGAACGGAGAAGUCUCCCGCUAUGGUUGUGUUCAAGUCGAAGAACCUGCUGUGGGCAGCUUUCGUUCUCAUCUUGUGCCACAGAAUCUUGCUACUCCUCAUCGACGCGGUUGUGCUCGGCCUAAUGCCAGGCCUCAUACUUUCCGAUUCCUCCGGUUCUGGUCGCAGUGUCCUAUCCGUCUUACCUGUCGUUAUUGGAAUAUCGAGUGGCGUUCUCCGGCUCCCCAUGGCCAAAAUCAUCGACUCAAGUCCUCGUGCAUCGGGCUUUAAUCUGCCGUGGAUUGCGGCCCAGCUGGGUGUGCUCAUCCUGCAGCAGGCUUCAACCCUAGCAGGGGCAACCACUGGCUCUAUACUCUACGGAAUCGGUUCGAGCGGCAUGGACUUCAUCUUGACAGUCAUUCUAGCGGAUAUGACCUCGAUCAAGAACAGAGGUCUUAUCUACGGCAUCUAUACAAUCCCUCUUAUCUUGAGGACUUUGGCAGCACCACACAUUGCACAACUUGAGUUGCUCGAAUCGCGGAUCCACAGGGAAGAGGCCUUGGGUAUCUGCGCUAUCACUAUGUGCGCCGUUUGCUUCACCCUGACUCUUCUAUUUCCCCGAGCUCGCUCCAUCGCCUCGUACAAAGAGGAACAGGGUGACACCAAUUCGACCACCGGCACCGAAGAAAAGCCCAGAGUCCUCGACGCCCUGAGGCGAUUCGUGGUUGCACUAGAUAUUCCAGGCGUCAUUCUUGCAAUAACUGGGAUCAGCCUGCUUCUACUCGCGCCCAACCAUGUUCCUGGGACCCAGGAGGGCUGGUCAGCGGGGAUCUUCUCGGCCCUGCUCGUUCUCGGAUUCUUUAGCAUUUCGCUCCUUUAUCUCUGGGAGUACUACUUGGGUCCCGCCACUUAUUUUCCCAAGUCCUUGAUUAAGGAUUCGAAUUUCGUUGGAGGUUGCGGGGUGGCCACGUUGACGGCCGCAUCCAUCGCGUGCUGGAGCUCUCAUGUCAGCUCGUAUCUUCAAGUUGUGGGAAACCAAACAAUGGCUGACGCCGACUGGGUUUCCACCACACAAAUUCUAGCCUUCGCGUUCUCGGCACCAUUAUUUGGGCUCUACGUUCAGCAGACAGGGAAGUACAGGUCUCUGGCCGUGUGUUCCGGUGCCUGCCUGUUAACUAUGACCAUUGCCCAUAUUUUCCACUUCCACGGAGGAUGGGCCUGGACGGUUUCCCAGAUACUUGUCGGGAGCGCGGAGAGUGCGCUCCUCCUUCUCAGCCAACUGGCGAUCAUGGCUUUCGUCGACCACGAGAACGUCGCCAUGGCCCUUGGUAUUUGGGGCACGUUCGUUUCAAUAGCCGUAGGCAUCGGCUCUACCGCCGCCACGACGGUAUGGACGUAUGGUCUAUGGACCCUUCUUCCCGCCGACAGCGAGGAUCUCAUCCCCGAGCCGCUCGCCUUUCUGGAGAAACAGAAGCAGUACCCACUGGGGAGUACGACCCGGAAUGUUUUGGUAGCAGCCUACGAAGAAUACCUGCAGAAUCUGCUCAUCGCAGCUCUGUUCAUCGCAGGAUUCGCUUUCUUAUGCGUGCUUUCGUGGAAGAACAUUAAUCUUCUGAGGGAUACCAGAGAUGCAAAAAGAGCAAGAAGGGCUGGAGGCGUGAUAUGGUAA